CACGGGCUUCCGUUUGGGUAUUUGUGUUCCGGAGGACGUCGAGCGGACUGUUGUUCUUCUAAGCAGUCGUUUUUGGCAAACAAUCGAGUUGGAAAUUUGAAUGCUAACUGUAUUUAUCGGUCAAGAGCAUUUGUACGGAGAUGUCGGACGACUUGGUGAAACAGCUAAGCAGUUACAAAGCUCAGCUGCAGCAAGUAGAAGUUGCUUUAUCCACCGACCCAGACAAUGAAGACCUCCUUAAACUCCAGAAAGACUUGCAGGAAGUCAUCGAUUUGACUAAAGACCUCCUGACCUCACAACCCACUGAUGGUGCUUCAAGUACUAAUGGGUCAGACACAGUCCCCCUGAAACAUGGCUGGAAAGUGGGGGACAGGUGUAUGGCUGUGUGGAGUCAGGAUGGACAGGUGUAUGAGGCUGAGAUUGAGGAGAUAGACCGAGAGAACGGCACUGCAGCUGUUACCUUCACUGGAUACGGGAAUGCUGAAGUGAUCCCUCUGCAGAACCUCAAAGCAGCAGAGGAGGGGAGACGCUCUGAUGAGGAUGGAAGUAUGAAGCCCAAAUCAAAGAAAGAGCAAAUAGCAGAACAGAGAGAGUAUAAGAAGAAGAAAGCCCAGAAGAAGGUACAGAGGAUGAAGGAGCUGGAGCAAGAGAGGGAGGAACAAAAGUCAAAGUGGCAACAGUUCAACAACAAAGCCUACUCAAAGAACAAGAAAGGACAGGUAAAGAGGAGCAUAUUUGCAUCUCCAGAAAGCGUAAAUGGAAAGGUGGGAGUGGGAACAUGUGGUAUUGCAGACAAGCCUAUGACCCAGUACCAUGACACAUCAAAGUACAAUGUCAGACAUCUAAUGCCCCAAUGACCUAAUAUAUUCUGUACAUAAAAAUUCACUGUAUACUAGCUAUAUCAGUGCUUUCCAUUGUGUUUAUACAUGACUUAAGUUUCUCAAGUAAAGAAAGCUUUGAAAGGAAUUGCUUGCACACCAUUGUUUGAAAUAUUGAUGUAGUUUUCCUUAUAUAUUAUGUGGGUACAACGAAAAACAUUUUUCCCUGCACUUGGACAAGGUCACUUGUUAUGUAAGAACAGGAAGCUGUGUUUUAGAAAAGCCGAAAAGUUUGCUGUUUUUGUCCAGCUUCCACCGAGGCCAAACACUUGCUAAAAUGUGUAUAAAUAUACACCUGUAGUUUUAGUGUGAACAUUUAUGGCUGGAUUUUAAAUACUGACCAGUUCUUGGUGUGUCUGAACAUUGAUAAUGGCGUUGAUUUGAGAUGGCUGAAUUUACGUUUUAAUUUCUGUAUAUAUAACAGUGAAAUAAACAUUGUUACCUUUUCAGUUUUUUAAAGAGUUGCCUCCACCGCAUUUGGGCUGUUUUUACAUGACCUUUUCAUUGUGGUUCUGUCAGGUCCUGUAGGUGGCAGUAAAGACUUGUAUCAUUAUUAAUAAAUCCAUGUCAUGAGCAGCACGCUGCAACUUUAAAUACAACCCAUUUUUCCAUU